AUGGCUACCGAACAAAGCAAUGAAUCGAUGGCGGAACUAGUUGCCAAGAUGGAUUCUUUGGAAACUAGGGAGGUUGCUGACGCCAAGUCUACGAAAAAGCCAAAGAUCGACGACGGGGACAGCGAUAGCGAUAGCAGCAGCCUCGACAGCUUUGGCAGCGGCGGCACGGAUGAGGAGUGGCGUUCGUAUGACUGGCCGGAAAAAGAACCAGAGUGGGAUGUGGAUAGCUACGAUGGUCGCGAAUUCAAAAUCAAUCCUCGGAUUCGAAAGCUUUACUGCACCCAGGAACGUUAUGACGAAUACUGCAGCUACAGGCUCAAGGCUUUCAAGAGUAGGGGUUUUCUUGCUGAUCCUACGAACGGAAUCUACGACGUUUAUCUGGACGCACCACCGAAGGGUGAUCACAUGAGUCGGGGUUUCUUGGCAGAACUUGCUAAUGUCUGUGUUGCAAAAUUCAACGAGACUAAGGGAAAGACUUUGGAAUUGGUAAAUGUUGUGAGUGCUACUGAAACUGGAGCAGCUAGAUGGAAGUUCUACAUCACGUUUAUGGCUCGAGAAUCUCCUAAUGGGCCUCUCGUUGAGUACCAAGCCAAGGUGAUCAAAUUUUCAGGAGACGUCCGACCUCCUUUCCCGAUUCUCUGCAGGCCAAGUCCCGCACCGGCAAUUUAA